UCCCGUUGCUAGGAAACGGCCCAAACAAAGGUUGCCGAAGAGCCGGCAUGGCAACGCACUACAGUUCCGGGCAGUUUGAAGAUGCCUACCUUCCCCGGAAUUUGCAGAACUGGAACCUUCCCAGAGUUGCUAAGGAGCAUCCUUCGACCCGGGAAGGUUAUACACAAUUUAUAGCCAAUGAAAGAGGACACCUGCUCCCUUCCGUCCCACGCUCUAAGGCUUCCCCGUGGGGCACUUAUAUGGGCACAUGGGAUAUGCCACUGAAGAUUCCCCCAGCCAAAGUGAACCUCACGUCCCGUUCGGUCCAUGCGGCUGCCCAUCUCACCGAGUGGAUCAACAAAUCUACGGCCCUGAGCAACGCCUGCAACGGCUGCUGUCCACAAGUCACGGGCAAGCCGAGCGACCCGCCAGCACGCGCUAUAAAAGAAGCUUCCGUGAAACACAGCUGGCCCUCCAGCAAAGCUUCGGAGCGCCCUGGUCCAGCAGGGAAGAUGCCUGCUCAAGAAGAGGCCCAGCACAGAGGACCCGCCACCCCCAAGGGCCCCCUCUCUCGCCAGCCAGGCUGUAUUGACAUCCGCAUGAAAGAAGACGAUGUGGCAGAUGUCCAGGCUUCCCAGCAGGCGGAGGUCAAGGAAUCAAGACAAAGAGCCACCAGCAAAAUCCCACUCUCGCGCCAGCCUGGCUCAAUGGAUGUUCGCCUAAAAGACGCUGGGAGCCCCAAAAUCCCAGCCCUGAGCCGUCCCAGCUCCAGAGAGCCUGCCCCCAGGAGGGCCAUGUCUGCAGAGGCCCCGGCCCCCGGUUGGCCCAGGACACUGGAAGGGAGACCCAAAGGGGUCAGCACCCCUGAGCUCUUAGCGUCGUGUCGCCCAGGCUCAAUGGAAGCCAAUCCCCGGAGCCCCCUUUCGGCUGAGGCUGUGGCCUCCAGCCGGCCCCUUACAAAGGGCAGCCAAGGGUUGGAGGUUCGGAAGACCCUGAUGGGAACGGAUGUGGAGCGGAGUGAAAGGGGAGGCUCUGCCAGACCUCUCUCUUUCCCGGAGGAACUGUCCAGUUGAACCCGUCCACCCGACGGUCAAAUCAAAAAAAUUCUAUUACCAAUGAGUGAAAGUUAAAAACAAGCCAUUCUGCUCAGUCUUGUCAAGACGUUCUGGGGUGCAUCUGCGUGUGUGUUUUCCUUUCCCCUCCCCUUUGCCUUACACCGCCGUCAUUUCCCCUUCUUUACCAUCCCACCCUCUCCUCCCCAAUCCCCUCGUUUUCUCCCUCCUUCGCACUUUUGACCAGCAAGAAGCCCCAUCCAUCCGGUCCAGCCAGAUGAAGGCAAACCACCCUACCAGCGAAAUCCGUGCAUUGCUCAAUUUGCCCCAACCCCAGGAAAAAAGGGGGUUAAACCUCUGUCUAAGAGGAGGACACCUCCCCCGCUUGGGUGAGGGGCAGCAGUAUACCAUCAAUCCAUGCUUUGCCAUUCAAAAUAAUAAAUACAUAAAACUCACAGGGACCUCUGAUGACGGAAUGAUGCUGUCAUGCCAAACGGGUGUUUUCAUGGUAAUAGACAUUAAAUAAA